CUCAAAAGUGAUAUAUAAAGCACCCUUGGCCUCGAAGUUGGAGGCCUUGGAAUCUAUGCCACCAGCUACUCACGUACGGAAGUGGUGAUCAUGCCACGUACUCUGUCCCCUUUGGAGCCCGUUAGAACUUCGAGCAGCACCUCGUGGCCAAUCCCUGGCCCAUCAAGAACUCGAAGCCAAAACCGAAGCACCGUCACCUCCGUUUCCGUGAAGAACACAGUCGAUCGCCCGACCGAGGAGUCCUUACAAGAACGGAUCACGCGUCUCGGCCGCGAACGCCCUCCCAUCUUCGCCACGCCCUGGAGUGAAAUAUCCUUCGUUUUCAGCGUCAUCAUGUCUCAAUUCCUGACCGAGUUCUUUGUCUCAGGCUUUACCCUCAUCCUGCCAACUUUGAUGAGGGAGCUUGACAUCCCCGCGGCGUCCAGUGUGUGGCCCGCCACGUCGUUUUCUCUGGUCGUUGCCAGCACCCUUCUGGUAUUCGGCCGUCUGGGUGAUAUGUGGGGCGGCCACCCCGUCUUCCUGGGCGGGCUCGCAUGGCUUCUUAUCUGGAGUAUCAUCGCAGGAUUCAGCAUCUCUCCUCUGAUGCUCGACCUCUGCCGAGCCCUUCAAGGUCUGGGAGCCGCCGCCUUUCUCCCGACAGGAGUUAUGCUCCUGGGCUCGGUGUACCGGCCUGGACCGCGCAAGAAUCUCGUUUUUGCCAUCUACGGCACUUCUGCAGUCUUCGGUUUCUUCGGGGGCAUUUUUGUUGCCGGCAUCGUCGGCCAAUUCCUCCGCUGGGGGUUUUAUUUCUGGAUCGGCGGUAUAUUGGCGGCUAUCACGCUAGGAACGUCGAUUUUGUCGAUCCCGCACUCGCUGUUGAAAGGGGACGGCAACAUCAAGAUGGACUACCUAGGCGCUCUCACAGUCGUCUCCGGCCUGGUCCUGACAGUCUUCGCCAUCACCCAGUCCGCGCACGCUCCAUCGGCUUGGGGCACGCCAUAUAUCCCUGUAUGCUUGACUCUCGGCCUCCUCUCUCUGCUGUCAGCUGUCUACAUCGAAACGCGUGUCUGCUCGCAGCCCCUUCUACCCGCCUCCAUUUUCACGACUCCCUCUAUGACUCCCCUCCUUGUCGCACUCUUCUUCCUUUACGGUACGUGGGGAAUCUUCUCCGUAUAUGGAACGCUAUACUUCCAAAACAUUUUGUCCGCCACUCCUCUUCAGGUUGUUGCCUGGUACACCCCGCUCGGCGUUGCCGGACUUCUUCUCAGUGUUCUGGAGGGUCUCAUCCUCCAUCUGGUGUCCGGGAGGGUCCUCCUGAUCAUAUCCGGCCUGGGCGCAGUGGGCUCGCAACUCCUCUUGGCCCUCAUUCCACGCGUAGGGCCAAGUUACUGGGCGUGGAUCUUCCCUGCCACCAUCCUCAGCACCAUCGGGAUCGACCUCUCCACCAUCCUAAUGACGGUCUUUAUCACAACCACUUUUCCCACCUCGCAGCAGGGCCUGGCUGGGGGCGUGAUCAAUUCCGUGCUGCAGCUAGGAGUCGCACUUUGUCUUGGGCUGACGGACAUCAUUCAGUCGUCGACCGUUGAACAUUCGGGUUUAAGAACUAGCUAUAAGAGCACAUUCUGGUUUGGGGUUGGUGUGGGAGCGGUGAGUUUGGUAUUGUUGGCGGUUUGGGGGAAGGUUCCGAAAGCGCAAAGUGAUUUGACUGCGGACGAGAAAGAAGAAUUGAUGCAAGAGGCGGAAGGCGAAGAGCAGGGACCGGUUGUGGGCGAAGGUGGCCCUGAAUGAUGCGUGUGAAGGG